GUCCUGUUUAAGGGUGAUCCACAUUGGUUUUGGCUCAAUAUAGUUUUGAUGUUUUAACUGUGCAUGCAGACCUCUUUCUCGGAAUAGAAGCACAUGAUAAACUCAUGACGUAAAUACUGAAUGUUUUCCGGGUCAACGUUUGGCAGUUAAUCUGAAGAGAUUGACUAUUUAAUGGCAGUCGGCACUAAGUAACCGACGAGGACCACCCAGUUGGAAUAAAAAUUUCUACUUUAUUUCGUCGACUGAGGGGAAAGUUGACAACAAUGCUCUACACGUGGAGCGUGCUGGUGGCGGCUGUGCUGAGCGCGUGGACGGUGCAGGCGGCCGUGAUUGGAAACGUAAGUGCGGUGGGGGACGCGGAGGCGGGGGCGGAGCUUCUGGACCAGGAGACGCGGCCGCAGGUGCCUGAAGGCGCGCAGCUGUGUUCGGGGAGCGGCUGCGAGGCAGGGGAAACAGCCGAGCUGUUGCUGCAGAGCGGUCUGAACGCUUCUGGCCGUUGGCUAGCAAAGGUGCGUCUGCAGCACGUGGUGGGGCGGCCGGGUGAGAACGGGGACCAGAGGAUGCAGCCCCCUAUGCAGCUGCAGAUGCGGCGUUCGUCCCGCCGCGGCGUCGGAGACUCACGACUCGUCACUCUACAGGCCACGCUCACAGGUGGCUCCGACUCUUCGCAAGACCCCAUCCCGUGGACCGACGUGAGCUCGCCCUGCCCAGCCUGCCCCACGACCCAGCCAAACCUCGAGCCUCAACAGAGUUCCUGCCCGCCUGCCCCACCUUGCCCACCUACAUCCGCGACCCCUGUGUGCCCUUCGGCAUCCUCAUCGCCGUGCCCCGCCUGCCCGUCGUGCCCCGCGCCCCAACAAUGCCCGCCGCCGGUCGUCAUCUCGCCGCCGUGCCCCGCCUGCCCGUCGCGCGAUAAGCCCACCGCGCUGGGGUACGAGCGCCACGAAGGGCACGGCGCCUACCGCGUGCACCUCACCCCCCUCAACUGGUUCAACGCGCAAGCGACGUGUGAGAGGGAGGGGGCGCACUUGGCAGUCAUUAACUCGCAGGAGGAAGCUGACAUCCUUGAACGCAUGCUCUCAAGCAAACAGACACCACACAAUUAUGUACUAUUGGGUUUUCAUGACCUAGACUAUGAGGGUGCCUACUACACUGUGCUAGAUACACCUCUUAAAUCGUCGGGAUACCUUAAAUGGGCAGAAGGAGAACCAAAUAACAAAGAUGAUGAAGACUGUGGUGGAAUGUACGUGAGUAACAUGCAAUUGAAUGACCAAGAUUGUUUGGAUAUAGUCUCCCCAUUUAUCUGCGAAAUGCCUUGAAUGCCUCAGUUAAAAUAUCGUUGAUUCGACAUCCAUGUCUGUGUUUCUUCUUUUGUGACAUCUUGAAUCAAUUUUAAUCAUGCCGUCGCGAUCUCGGAGGUUGAAUAAAUGAAUAAAGAAUUAUCUUUUCGUACACGUAUUUUCAAACAAAAUUGUAAAAGUAUUGAUGCCUAAUAAAAAUAUAAUUCAUAUUAAGUG